UCAGAGGACACUAUAUUGGUGUGACUGUUCAAGAGUAGCUGGAGCAGUCAUAAAAAGGGAGUGCACUUCUCAGGUAUAUCCGGUUGUAUGGGAGAAAAUUUAGCAAAGAAGAUCAUGUGCUUUUUAUCAAAUUGUUGUAUGAGUUGAUAACAAUCCCAAAGCUGGAGAUCAGCAUGAUGCAAGGUUUUGCACGCCUGUUGAUAAACCUGUUAAAGAAAAAAGAACUGCUGUCCAGGGAUGAUUUAGAGUUACCGUGGAGACCGCUUUGCGAAAUGCUGGAAAGGAUAUUAUACUCCAAAACAGAACAUCUUGGAUUAAAUUGGUUUCCCAAUUCAUAUCGACCAGGCAUGUCUUCACCUAAAACAUUUGUGCUAAAUGUAUUACAUAGGUGUUCUGUAGAAAGUGUUCUAAAAACACUUGUGAAGAGCUGCAGACCGUACUUUCCAGAAGAUGCCACUGCAGAGAUGCUAGAUGAAUGGCGGCCUUUAAUGUGCCCCUUUGAUGUUACCAUGCAAAAGGCUAUUACCUACUUUGAACUGUUUCUGCCUACUACCCUUCCUCCUGAACUUCACCAUAAGGGUUUCAAGUAAGUGUAACCAAAUGCCU